UAUACGUACCCCAAUUGGCUUAGGGUUUUCAGGAUCCUUCAUCUUCUCUCUCCCAAUGCCUUCUUAAACCCUAAUCACUUCCUCUUUCUCUCAUCACAACAACAAUGCACUCCCUACCCAUCUGGCUCCAAGCGCUCCUCACCCACAAGUUCUUCAACGCCUGUGUUCUUCACGAACACGCCAAAAAGAACGAAAAAAACAUCUUCUGUUUCGACUGUUCUCUCGGCAUUUGCCCUCACUGCCUCUCCUCCCAUUCUUCCCACAAACUCCUCCAGAUUAGGCGUUAUGUGUAUCACGAUGUGAUUCGAUUGGAUGAUGCUACUAAACUCAUCGACUGCGCUUUUGUUCAAUCUUACACUACGAAUAGUGCGAAAGUGGUGUUUCUGAACCAAAGGCCACAGACCAGAAACUUCCGAGGCUCCUCCGGCAACCUCUGCAGCACCUGCGAUAGAAGCCUUCAAGAUCCUUAUCUCUUUUGCUCUCUUUCCUGCAAGAUUGAUUAUCUAAUGAAGACGGAAGGUGGCGUUUCGAGGAAUCUUUUGGAGUGUAAUUUCUCGGCAUGGGACGACGGGCUCAUGAUGACACCGGACUCUGUUCUCGAACUCGGUGGUUCGAACCAAACCUCCUCCGGUUCCGACGGCGGUGGUGUAGAAGGAGGGAGGAGUGUAGUAGCGUCGACGGCAACGACGGAGUUCGUGAAGAAAAAGAGAAGUAGCUUGACGGCGGCGUAUAGGGCAGCGUGCCGGCCGGCUUGCUGGCCAGGGACGAUUUCCGAGACGUCUGGGAGUUUAUUGAGCCGGAGAAAAGGUACCCCACAGCGGGCCCCACUCUAUUGAAUUUUUUAUUAUUAUUAUUAUUAUAAGGAGGGGAUUUUGGGGACAUGGAUGGCAUUUUGUGUUUCUUGUGGGGGUAUUUUUGUAAAGGAGGCUCCUUCUGGCUUCUGAAUUAAAUUUUAUAAUUGUUAUUUUAAUGAU